GAAAAUGGCGAUUUAGAAUUUAUUCGUUCUUGUCAUUUUGCUGUGAUGCUUGCUCGCUGUAUAAAAACUUGUAUUUUGUUGCUAUAAAAUGGCUGACACCGGACUGCGUAUGAAUUUCGCUGCCCUAAAGCGGGCAGAUCCCUACGCUAGAGAAAUAAUCGACAGUGCUACCCACGUUGCGCUUUAUACAUUCGAAGAGAACGAAUGGGAGAAAACUAACAUCGAGGGUGCUUUGUUUGUGUACAGUAGAAAUGGUGAACCAUACCAUAGUUUAGUGAUUAUGAACAGAUUGAGUACGAAUAACCUAAUCGAACCAGUGUCGAAAGGAAUAGAAUUACAAUUGAAGGAGCCGUUCCUAUUGUAUCGCAAUGCCAAGUGUCGUAUUUACGGCAUAUGGUUUUACGAUAAAGACGAGUGCGUUAGAGUUGCUACUAAACUAAAUUCUUUGAUAAAGGAGUCGCUGAAACCAGUACCUGGUGAGAACAUGCCACAGAAUCCAGUUUAUGGUACAUCAACGCCUGCAGCUGCGCCGGUGGACAUAUUUAGCAUGUUGAGUAAGGCCCAGGAUGAUUUUAACUCGAAUAAGGGUUUAGCAGCUAACAAAAGUGAUUCAACGCCGUCUCGCGCGCCUGAUAUGACAUCGCAAAGUGUUAUGGAUUUCUUUGCGAAGGCUGGAAGUGGUGCUGCUGCGGCGCAGAUGCCGGCGGUGUCGUCGUUACCUUCGCCGGGCAUUUUCGGGCCGCGUCCGACUGACGCGCGGGAGGUGCCCCAGUUGCUGCAGAGGCUCAUGAGUAAUCCGGCACACUCAGUGGAACAUAUAGAGAAACAACAACGCUCUGUGACACCGCAAGAGGCCCAAAGUUCUAAUGGCAACAUGAGCAUGGAUUCAUCAAUAAGACAAAAUUGUGGGUUCCCGUUAAAGUCCACUCCUAUCGACAAACCAAAUCAACAAAGGAUAUCUGGAAUGAAGAAGGGGCAGAUGGAUUCGACUGACACCAAUGGUAUUAUACCACUGGAGAGCGAGUUGAAUUUAAUGCAUAUAUCAUCACCCAAGCCUACGUCUCCGCUAGCUACUUACCUGAAUCAAUCACAGGACAUCAGCCACACGCAGAAACCGGCGUUGAUGCCGCCUACGAUGUUCACUGCAAGCACUGGUGGAGAUGUCCAGCCCUCGCCUGAGCCCCUCACUAGGAACCAGCUUCUUCAAGCUUUCAAUUAUCUGCUGAAACAUGAUGCUGAUUUUGUGAACAAAUUGCAUGAGGCUUAUGUAAAAUCCUUUUCAGAAAAGGCAUUCUCUGUGUCAUAAAAUUCAUUCUUUGACAGUGGCUAGCACCGACUGUGUGCAUGCACUUCAAAUAUAAAAUGUACAGCCGUAAUUUGAAUAUAAACUGAAACAGUAUAAACUGAAUCUUCUUAAAAAUGUUGUGUAGACCCUCUAGUUUUGUAGUGACUCAUUGUUUGGAGUAUUUUUAAAUAAGUUUUAAACCUUUGACUGUAACCUGUACAGAGAAUGAAUUUUAGUGACUAAUCUGUUAGUUUGGACAGAGGUUGAGAAGGUCCCUUAAGCCGCUAUUUGUGAUAUUUAAAUUGGCUCCAGCUUAAGGUUAUUCUAAAUCUAUCAAUACAUCUGAACAACUGAACCUUCUUUGUUAGUUUUAAUAACUAGGAGUUCUUUGCAAUAUAAAAAUAUGUACAUUUUUGAAAGACAAUACUAUGAGUACUUUGACAAAUACGCUUUUCUAAGAGAUAUUUUUAUUGACUUGAUAUGCUGCAUUGAUACUUCCAUAAUUUUGAAAGAAAAUAUCUUCUUUUAUUGUUAAGGACUGCAAGAAUUUGCUAUAUCUUUACAAGAAUUAUUCUUACCUGUUAAACAGCAUAGGCAUCAGAUUUUUUAGGUUUUAUUGUAUGUUAAAUGUUUUUAUUUCCUGUAAAAUUUUGUCAGUAGCUACUAGUAAGAUUUGUCUCUAUUCUUUUAUAUCUAUUUUUUCAGUAAAAUUUUAGUAUAUGUAUUGAAUGUUAUACAAAACAGAAGACUUUACUAUACAUUAGAUACAGGGGAAAUCAAAUGAUAAAAUUGGUUGAAAAUAUUUUCUUUAAACAUGUAAAAUUUAGUCAUUUGUUUAGGGGAAAAAAAUAAUUUAAUAAGUUAUAUUUCUCCUAAGAAUCAACUUUCUAAGGAAGGUGUGUUGUACCAUACACACUGAGAGAUAUAUAAGUUCAAUUACCAACAAUGGAGCUUUUGGAAAGCUUCCAAGGGGACCUGCCACCUAGCCACCCCUUCAAUAAGUCUACAUUUCAAUUGUGAAAUGUUUUGUACUUUGCCAAACUAUAAAAAUCACCUUAAAAUGUUUAUGGUCGAAUUAAAUCGCCGACCACGUGUUUGUAAUCUUAAAAAAUGAUAAGACAAAAAAAUGUUGUAACUUUAGGAAACAUCUAUAAAAUUUGAAACCAUCUCUGUGCUUGUGCGUCUAAUGCUAUAUGACGAUGUUAUAAUCUGUUGUGUAAGGAAUUUGGAGACAGCUACGACUGUUAUAUGAAGAUAUUUUUUAUUAAUUCUCAUUACUGUAAGGGAGCAGAAUAUUUUGACGAAAACUAAUUUGGCCUACAUAACUUUGAUCCUUUACCUUUGAUCUUAAUUUGAUUUUGGCCUACAUACCUUUGAUCCUGUACCUAUAAUUAGUUUGAUUUUAUAAAUGCUCCUACUAUUGUUUCAAUUUCGUAAACGAAUGUAGUCCAGGCGGUAAUAGUUUUUGACAUUUUUUCAGUUAGAAAUGUUAUCAUUAAAAAAAUAGUCUCAAAUUAAAGGGUUCAUCGAAGCAACAA